CGGGCGGGCGCGGCCAUGGGCUCCGCGGCGCUGCUGGUGCUGGCGGUGCUGGCGGUGCCGCGGGCGGCGGCCGCGGGGGGCCCGGAGUGGCGCAGCCUGCGGGGGAGCUGGCGGCUGCGCAGCGGGAACGGCUCGGUGUCGCUCCGAGCGGAGGUGCCGGGCUGCGUCCACACUGCGCUGCUCCGCCGCGGCCUCAUCCAGGAUCCAUACUAUAGAUUUAAUGACGUGAUGUACAGAUGGAUCUCAUUAGAUAACUGGACUUACAGCAGGACGUUUAAAACUCCUUUUGACAUCAGAAAGUGGCAGAAAGUGAAUUUGGUUUUCGAGGGAGUAGAUACAGUAGCACAGAUCCUGCUCAACAAUGUCACUGUGGGGAGAACAGACAACAUGUUUAACAGAUAUAGCUUUGAUAUCACCAGCGUGAUCAAGGAGGUCAAUUUUGUUGAAGUCCGUUUCUUGUCGGCCAUUUCCUAUGCAGCAGAGCAGAGCAGGUGUCACAAAGCUUACAGCAUCCCCCCUGCCUGCCCUCCACCUGAGCAGAAAGGAGAGUGCCAUGUGAAUUUUAUCAGAAAGGAGCAGUGUUCAUUUAGUUGGGACUGGGGCCCUUCUUUUCCCACUCAAGGAAUCUGGAAAGAUGUUAGGAUUGAGGCCUAUAACCAUUACCACCUGAUUUACUUUUCUUUAACUCCUUUCUUUGUAAAGAGUACACAGCAGUGGUGUCUUGAAAUUGAGUCUGUUUUUGAGGUAGUCAGCUCCAAGCCAAUUCCAGGUCGUGUGAUGGUGAACAUUCCCAAAUUGCAAACGCAACAAACAUUCACUGUGAAGCUUCAACCUGGAGAAGGCAGCAUUGUGCUACUUGUAAACAUCAACAAGACUUCUGUAGUAGAGGCUUGGUGGCCAAAUGGACAUGGAAAGCAAACUGGAUACAACAUGAAAACAACUUUUAUCAUGGAGGCAGGAUACCAGAUUGAGAAAUUUUCAAAGGUGCACAGAAGGAAGCAUGGCAGCUGCUCUUCAUCUGCUCCAUGGCAGAUGGGGAAGACACCUGUACAAAUAAGGGGACAGAGCAAAGCUUAUUUUCGGACAGUAGAACUUGUUCAGGAGCCUAUUCCUGGCUCACCAGGUCUGAGUUUCUACUUCAGAAUCAAUGGCCGACCCAUUUUUCUGAAGGGCUCGAACUGGAUUCCUGCAGAUUCUUUCCAGGACAGGGUGACCUAUGACACAUUAAGGCUACUCUUGAAGUCUGCAGCAGAUGCUAACAUGAAUGCACUUCGGGUUUGGGGAGGAGGAGUAUAUGAACAAGAUGAAUUUUACGAUAUUUGUGAUGAAAUAGGAAUAAUGAUUUGGCAGGAUUUUAUGUUUGCCUGUGCGCUUUAUCCAACUGACCAGAAUUAUUUAGCAUCUGUAAGAGCAGAAGUUCUUCAUCAGGUGCGACGUUUAAAAUCUCAUCCCUCAAUUAUUCUAUGGAGUGGUAACAAUGAAAAUGAAGCAGCAAUUUCAAGCAACUGGUUCUCCAUACCUCAUGCUGAAAGAGAGAGAUAUAUCAGAGACUACCUGAUGCUUUAUGUGAAGAACAUACGAGAGAUAGUUCUUAAUGAAGAUAGGAGUCGUCCUUUUAUUGCAUCCAGUCCCACCAAUGGCUUGGAGUCAGUUAAAGAAGGUUGGGUCUCCCAGAAUCCUUAUGAUACCCAUUAUGGUGACACUCACUUUUAUGACUACAACCAUGACUGCUGGAACUGGACAAUGUAUCCUAAAACUCGUUUUGCUUCAGAAUAUGGAUUUCAAUCCUGGCCUUCCUUCAGUACAAUUGAAAAGGUUUCUUCUGCUGAAGACUGGUCCUACAUAAGCAAUUUUUCUCUCCAUCGGCAACAUCACGACAGUGGCAAUGUUCAGAUGCUUCAAGAAGUUGGGUAUCAUUUCAAGCUUCCGCAGGGCACAGAUCCUGUAAAGAGGUUCAAAGAUACAAUUUACCUCACUCAGGUGAUGCAGGCUCAGUGUACAAAAACAGAAACUGAAUUCUAUCGUGCUAGUCAAAGUGAAAUAAUCAGGGGAGAAGGACGCACAAUGGGAGCUCUGUACUGGCAACUCAAUGACAUUUGGCAGGCACCUUCAUGGGCUUCCUUGGAGUAUGGUGGUAAGUGGAAACUGCUCCAUUAUUUUGCCCAGAACUUCUUUGCACCACUGCUGCCUGUGGCGUAUGAAGACCAAGGUGUGUUGUACAUUUACGGUGUCUCAGAUCUUCAUGGGGACCAGAAGCUGACUUUGAGGGUCGUUGUGCACACCUGGGGUUCUUUGGAGCCAGUAUGUACCCUUGCCAAAGAAGGUGUGAUUGUUAAAGCACAAAGUGCUGUGCCCAUCUACAAGGAGUCCAUAAGUGAUGUUCUGGAAAGAUGCAGAAAUUGUACCAGGAAAAGCUGUGUUAUUACUUUCUGUCUUGUGGGAGAAGAUGGCCUCCAGAGUCCUACGAACCAUUUCUUCCUUUCAUCACUAAAGGAUGCUGUAGGAUUAGAAAAGACCCAGCUUAGUGCUUCUGUAUCCAAACAAGACGAUAUUUAUAUAUUUGUUCUUCAGACCACUGCAAUUGCUCCUUUUGUUUCUAUGGAUGUAGGGAGUAUAAAAGGCAGAUUUAGUGAUAAUGGUUUCCUCAUGACUGAAAAGAAGAAAGUGGUUGUGUUUUAUCCUUGGGAACCUACCAGUGUUGAAGAACUAGAAAAUUCACUAACCUUGACCUCUCUGUUGGAUGUUGUCUGAAAAUACCUCGUUUCCUUCUAGUUAUAUAAACAGUGAAACAGGAGGAGAAGAAAAGUUAAAACAAUUUUACUGAAGUUGAAGUGACACACAAUUUGAGCCAACUGGAGAACAUACUGUCUGUUCCUGUCAUGUGUGAAUUUUAACUGCUGGUUCAAUGUAAAGAUAUCAACAGCAAAGCUUACAUAUAAUAUAUGCGGUAUCUUGAAAGUA